UUCAUGCUAUGUUCAGUAUUGAACAGCCCAAAUAGGGGAAAAGUUGGUGGUUGGUUAUGUACAAAUUUAACUUGAAGCAAUUGAAUUCCUUGCGUUAUGUGGGCAUAGAACUGUGUCAUAGCUUUCACAGCUGUCUGAAUUCAGUUAGCAAUGUACCUCCGAUAUAUGAAUUGAAUAGAAAUCUCAAUGGGUUAUGGAAAUCGGGUCAACUCGAUGAAGCCCGCCAAAUGUUUGACAAAAUGUAUGAACGAGACGAUUUUACUUGGAACACAAUGAUUGCUGCUUACGCACAUUCAGGAAGACUUGAUGAAGCUAAACAACUCUUUGAUGAGACUCCAAACAAGUGUUCGAUUACUUGGUCGUCUCUCAUUUCUGGGUAUUGUCGAUAUGGGUGCGAAACUGAAGCUUUCUAUUUGUUUUGGCAAAUGCAGUAUGAGGGGCAGAAGCCAAGUCAGUUCACAUUGGGCAGUCUUCUCAGGAUGUGUUCUUCAAAUUCCUUGCUUUCAAGAGGGGAACAAAUUCAUGCUCAUGCCAUAAAGACCCAAUUUAACUCUAAUGCUUUUGUUAACACUGGUCUUGUUGACAUGUAUGCAAAAUGCAGCUGCAUUGUAGAAGCCCAGUAUAUUUUUGAAGCAACACCUGAUCGGAAAAGUCAUGUUUUGUGGACUGCCAUGAUUACUGGGUACUCUCAAAGCAACGAUGGGCUUAGAGCAAUUAAGUGCUUCCGAGACAUGCAAGCUGAAGGGGUAGUAUCCAACCAGUAUACUUUUCCAAGUGUGUUGACAGCUUGUGCUGCAGUUAAAGCUCGUCGUUUUGGGGCACAAGUGCAUGGUCACAUAAUUCAGACUGGUUUUGAGGCCAAUAUGUUUGUUGAAAGUGCUUUGGUUGAUAUGUAUGCAAAAUGCGGAGACUUGAAUAGUGCUAGGAGAGCGUUAGAGACUAUGGAAGGUGACAAUGUGGUUUCUUGGAAUUCCAUGGUAGUUGGGUGCGUUAGGCAGGGCUUUGAAAAGGAAGCAUUGCUGUUAUUCAAGAAAAUGCAUGCAAGAGAUAUGGGUAUUGAUGAUUUCACGUACCCUUCUGUUCUAAAUUCUUGUGCUUCCAUAAAAGAUAUGAAAAAUGCAAAAUCCGUCCAUUGCUUGAUUGUCAAAACUGGGUUUGAGGAUUACAAGCUUGUAAGCAAUGCUCUUGUCGACGUGUAUGCAAAAGGGGAAGAUUUGUGUUCUGCCUUUGAAGUUUUUAACCAUAUGACAGACAAAGAUGUAAUCUCAUGGACUUCCCUAGUCACUGGUUAUGCAUAUAACGGAUCCCACGAAAUUGCUCUCAAGUUGUUUUGUGAAAUGAGACUUGUAGGGGUUGAACCUGAUCAAAUUGUCAUCGCCAGUGUCUUGAGUGCCUGUGCAGAAUUGACAGUUCUGGAAUUUGGGCAACAAGUUCAUGCCAACUUUAUGAAAUUGGGCCUUGAGUCGACCUUAUCAGUGGAUAAUUCCCUUGUAGCCAUGUACGCAAAAUGUGGUUGCAUAGAAGAUGCUAAUGAAGUUUUCAACUUGAUGAGAAUUCGGGAUGUUAUUACUUGGACUGCUCUUAUCGUCGGUUAUGCUCAAAAUGGUAAAGGAAAGGACUCUCUGGCACUUUACAAUGAGAUGAUAGUAAGUGGCACGAAACCCGACUUCAUUACUUUUAUUGGCUUACUAUUUGCUUGCAGCCAUGCAGGCCUUGUAGAACAGGGGCGCGAAUAUUUUGAAUCUAUGGAUAAAGUUUAUGGGAUAAAACCGGGUCCUGAUCACUAUGCAUGCAUAAUUGAUCUUCUAGGGCGCUCGGGGAAGAUGAAUGAGGCCAAGGAGUUACUGAAUCAAAUGGACGUUGAACCUGAUGCUACUGUGUGGAAAGCAUUGCUUAGUGCAUGUAGAGUACAUGGGAAUUUAGAACUGGCUGAGAGGGCAGCGAAGGCCCUCUUUGAAUUGGAGCCCCAAAACGCUGUGCCUUACGUUUUGUUAUCUAAUAUCUAUUCUGCAGCUGGUUUUUGGGACGAUGCUGCGAGAUUAAGAAGAUUGAUGAAAUCGAGGGGGGUCUGUAAGGAGCCCGGACGUAGUUGGAUUGAGAUGAACAGCACGGUUCACACGUUUAUGUCUGAAGAUCGAAGUCAUCCAAAGACAGAGCAGAUUUAUUUGAAGAUCGAUGAGAUUAUGAUAAUGAUUAAGGAGGCCGGGUAUGUACCCGACAUGAAUUUUGCACUUCAUGAUGUAGAUGAAGAGGGUAAGGAACUUGGUCUUUCUUAUCACAGUGAGAAGUUGGCUGUUGCUUUCGGGCUUCUCUUUGUGCCACAGGGGGCACCCAUUAGGAUUUAUAAGAACCUUCGUGUCUGUGGGGAUUGCCAUACUGCUAUGAAGUUUAUUUCAAGGGUUUUUCAGCGUCAUAUUAUUUUAAGGGAUUCAAAUUGUUUUCACCAUUUCAGAGAAGGAAUGUGUUCUUGUGGGGAUUAUUGGUAGAAAGUCUAUCUUCUGACUUGUUUUUCCUCUCUAGCUUCCAUUCUGGAGACAAGUUUGUGACUUCAACUGCGACAAUGCUUAAAGAUCAAAAACCAAGGGGCUGGUAAGCUUUAAGUCUGGUGUAGCUAAGAGAAUGGAUGAUACACCACAACUUCAGGUGAAGGUAAUUUCAUCGUCUUCGUUUUCUCUCAUGUUGGAAGAAAACUUGGAAGUUAAGUAUUGGAUCCGAGCCAGUAGUGGAGUGGUGGCAAAAGAGGCCUAAUAUAUAGGUAUACUAGAUUAGUAACCGGUCUGGAGUAUUUGAAUCUCCCAACUACCAAACCCCCUGCACAAUUCACUUGUAAAAUUACAGAUGGGACUCAAUAGUAUCAGUCAAUUUCAGAAUUAUUUAUGAACUCUGCUUUUUCACUCUUAUUAUAUAGAUUGGAGUUUCUCCUUUUCUAA